GUUAAUGAUUAUGAUGGUCCAGACUGUUGGAGAGAGGGAGGAGCCUCUGAAGCUCUGUCCUCACUGACUGUACUGGAGAGAGAGAGAGAGAGAGAGGAGAGGGAGGAGAGAGAGACUGAGGAGAGAGAGAGGGAGGAGAGAGAGAUGCAGGGAGGAGAGAGGGAGCCAGUACACACGAUGCACGCCUGGGAGCUGGAGUAGUAAAGCAGUGUGAACAGCGAGGAGGGAAAGAGAGAGACAGUCAGCACUGAAGACUGAAGAGAAAGAGAGCAGAGGACUCAGGGAGACGGAGUGAGGAGCAGUUGAGGGAGGAAGCUUCACUUCCACUCACUCUUUGUGUCCAACUGUUAAUUCUGCCUCAGCAUCAGCAUCUGGCAACGACAACAGCACAUCUGUAUACUGGUCGAUGACAAUGAUUUCCUGGCUGCUGCUGCUUCUUCUUCUCUACUGCUUUGCCAGCACGGGGAGCUCCACUGUGUUCACCCAACAACCAACAGACUUGGUGGUGGUGGCAGGCCAACCGGUCACCCUUCCCUGCUCCAUCCCCGGCUACCACGGCAUGGUGCUCUGGCUGCGUGACGGCAUGGCCCUCGGGGUGAACAGGGAUAUGUCAGGUUACCCCCGAUACGACAUCAUCGGAGACCACAGCAAAGGAGAAUAUCACCUCUUGAUCCAGAGAACAGAGAUUCAAGAUGACGCUUUUUUUGAGUGCCAGGCCAUCCAGGCGGCCAUCAGGUCCCGACCCGCCCGCCUCACCGUGCUCGUUCCUCCCGAUGACCCGGUGAUAGUGGGAGCCCCGGUGGUGAGUUUACGGGCCGGUGAACCCCUCAACCUCACGUGCCACGCAGACGUCGCCAAACCUGCUGCGUCCAUCAUCUGGAUCCGCAACGGUCUGGUGCUGAGUGGAGCCAUGUACUCGAAGACCUUGUUGCGGGACGGUAAGAGGGAGAGCACGGUCAGCACACUCCACCUGUCGCCCUCCAACAUCGAGUCGGGUCAGCUGAUCACCUGUCGAGCUUCAAACAAAGCAGCCCCCAACGGCAAAGAUGCUUCCGUCACAAUCGACAUUCAGCACCUGCCGAUUGUUAACCUCACCGUGGAUCCACAGCCGGUUCUGGAGGGAAGUCUGGUUAAAUUCCGCUGCGCUGCCAAAGCCAACCCACCUGUCAUCUACUACAGAUGGGCCAAAGGAGGCAAUGUGAUUUUAGACGUGCUCGGUGACACCUAUGAGAUUCUUGUGGAUCACUCUUUCUUCACUGAGCCCGUUUCCUGUGAGGUCACCAACGCUCUGGGGAACACCAACAUCAGCAGGAACGUCGACGUCUACUUCGGGCCGAGGAUGGCGGCAGAGCCUCAGUCUCUGCAGGUGGACCUGGGAUCUGACGCUGUUUUUAACUGUGCUUGGACAGGAAACCCCUCUCUAACCAUCGUAUGGAUGAAACGUGGCUCAGGAGUGGUCCUCAGCAACAAGAACACUCUGACAAUGAAAGCAGUAAAGCAGGAGAAUGCUGGGAAGUAUGUGUGUCGGGCCGUAGUCCCCCGAGUGGGUGCCGGGGAGAGGGAGGUGUCGCUCACUGUGAACGGUCCUCCCACCAUCUCCAGCACCCAGACCCAGCAGGCGCUCUACGGAGAGAAGGGUCAGAUCAAGUGCUUCAUCCGCAGCACCCCUCCUCCCGACCGGAUCGCCUGGUCCUGGAAGGAGACGGUGUUAGAGUCGGGGACGUCUGGACGCUACACCGUGGAGACGGUCCGUACAGAGGAGGGUGUGAUCUCUACACUGACCAUGAGUAACAUCGUCCCCGGUGAUUUCCAGACUAUCUACAACUGCACGGCUUGGAACAGCUUCGGCUCCGACACCGAGAUCAUACGACUCAAAGAACAAGAGACUCUGCGACUGGCCGUCACCAUCGGCGUGGCGGUGGGAGCCUUCCUAGCCAUCUCCAUCCUCCUGGGGACGCUGGGCGCUUUCUGCUGCACCAGAUUCCAGAGAAAGGAUGUCCAUCUGGUCAUGUCUUCUCUUCCUGUGUCCCUUUCGCGCCAGAGGGAUGUGAAAACAGAAAGAGUGAUUUCAGCUAAAAAUGACAUUCGGGUGGAGAUCGUCCACAAAGAUCACAACGCAGCGCGGGAGAGCGAGGAACAUACGAGCAUCAAACAGAUGAUGAUGGACUGCGGUGACUUCCAGCAGGAGCCCGUGCUGAAGCAGCUCGAGGUGCUCGAGGAGGAAGAGAAGGAGUUCCAGCACAUCACGGACCCCACCAAUGGCUACUACAGUGUCAACACCUUCAACGAGCACCACACCACCUUUAACGAGCACCACCCCACCUUCAACGAGCACCACACCACCUUCAACGAGCACCACCCCACCUUCAACGAGCACCACGCCACCUUCAACGAGCACCACACCACCCCCACCAUGUCCCCAGCCCCCAGCCAGACUCCCGACGUAGUCCGAAGCCCACCUCCUGGAACUAUGACCGUCGGCAAGCAGCGGGUGCCCACCGGCAUGUCCUUCACCAACAUCUACAACACCCUGGGUGCCGGUCCCAACCGCCUGUACGACUACAGCCAGCGCUUCGCACUGGGCAUGGGCAGCAGCUCCAUCGAACUGUGCGAGCGGGAGUUUCAGCGGAGCUCGCUCAGCGACUCCAGCUCCUUCAUCGACACGCAGUGCGACAGCAGCGUCAGCAGCUACAGCAAGCAGGACGGUUACAUGCAGUUUGACAAGGACAGCAAGACCUCGGCCUCAUCCUCCUCCCACUAUUCCCAGUCCUCCUCCCAGAACUGCGACCUCACCAGGCCUCUGCAGAAACGCAUGCAGACCCACGUCUAACAGCUCAUGACUGGGAUUACGAGGAUGGACGAGGUGUUCCAAAGAAACAUUUUACCUACAUAGAUGACAUGUUUUUCAUCGCUUGAUUGGUAUUCCAACUGAAGGACAUAACAGGAUUCUAGAUGCCAACGUUUGAAGCUACACACCUCAAUGAACCUGCUGGAAUCAAAGUGGGACUUCUAAAACAUGCCAACUUAAAAAAAAUAUGACAAUCAUUUGUCUGCUUUCUCUGCUCAUAAAAAAAACCAAACAGGAGUUUUCUGCCGUUUCCAUUUUUGUUCACUUGGUCGACUGCCUUGACGUAACCAGGGGUCAGCAACAUGCAGCUCUUCAGCUCCUCUCCAGUGGCUCCCUGUGGAGUUUUAAAUAUGGAAAUGAAUAACUGUUCUUUGUUUACAUUUUCAU